AUGUCACAGCAUGCGAGUUACCUAAGUGUUGAAGGAAAACCUGAAGUGAAGUCCAUCUCAGACUUUCACCUCUUUGAUGAUGACAUUGACGAUGGUGACGACACCACCUCACCCCUCACACCAAGCCAUCCAUAUCACCCUCACUCCAAGCCCACACCACCUCACCCUCACUCCGAGUCCACCCCACCUCACUCUCACUCCGAGCCCACCCCAUCUCACCCUCACUCCGAGCCCACCCCAUCUCACCCUCACUUCAAGCCCAAACCACCUCACCCUCACUCCAAGCCCACCCCAUCUCACCCUCACUCCGAGUCCCACACCAUCUCACCGUCACUCCAAGCCCACACCAUCUCUCGUCCUCACUCCAUGUCCACCCACCUCAUCCUCACUCCGAGUCCACCCCAUCUCAUCCUCACCCCCGAGUCCACCCCCUCACCCUCACUCCAAGCUCCACCCCAUCUCACCCUCACCACAAGUCCACCCCAUCUCACCCUCACUCCAAGUCCGCCCUCACCUCUCACCCUCACUCUAAGUCCACCCCAUCUCACCUCACCCAAGCCCACCCCAUCUCACCCCUCACCCCAAGUCCACCCCAUCUCACCACUCACCCCAAGUCCCCACCAUCUCACCCUCACUCCAAGUCCACCCCAUCUCACCCUCACUCCAAGCCCACACCAUCUCACCCUCACUCCAUGUCCACACCAUCUCACCCUCACUCCAAGCCCACCAUCACACCCCUCACUCCAAGUCCACCCAUCUCACCCUCACUCCAAGUCCACCCCAUCUCACCCCUAA